UGUAAAUAAAUUUCCAACCAAUGUGACUUGGUUGUACUCAAGAAAAGGAGGAUUAUAGUUUAAGGACACCUUGGGUAAGGGUCCCAUAGCUAAAAUAAUACCAUUUUGCUUUUCAGAUGACUUUUUGUGAGUCUGUAAUAAAAAGUGCUUGUUUUGUAUUUAUGAGCCAGAACUCUGCAUCUGUUUGACUGUUCAGAAAAUGUUAAGUAAUACUAAAGUACCUUAUUACUAAAGUGUAUUUUAAAAUACUGCUGGAUUGUGUCUGAUACUAAUGUAUCCUACUUACACGGUAGGGUCAGUUAUUGUUUUGAUAAUAGUGCCAAUGAUGCUUUUAAUAAUGACAUAACGCUUAACGUUUUAUCAAUAUAGUAAGAUAAAUUUGUUAUGGAAUACAUGGUCAUAUACUGGUUCAUAAAUGAGCUAUAGUGGGUUGUUCUAGGAAAUGAGAUUUUAAAAAAAUAUUUUAGAGCUGUUUUGUUUCCUUGGCUAUCUUACUGGAUUGUACCUUAAAAUGCAGCUGGGUCUGGGACAAGGCUGGGAAGGCAAUGGUGCUGUAGAUAACACAGCUUUGAAGAAACUGGCGAGGGGCUAGAUCAAAUUGUACACCUAGGCUAGAUAGAAUUGUACAUGGGAAGCAAACUGGUGAUGUUUUAUUGAAGGCCAAAUCCCCGAACUGCUGAGUUGAAUAGCUGAGGUGAAUAAGCUCUCCAGAGUCAAAUCACGUAUAAAAACGAAGAGCUUUUUAACUUAUAACAAGGGACAUUUUAUUUAAUACGUCAUAACGUGGGGCAUGCAUUUUUAACAGCCACAGAGGGAUUUCUCUGUGGUUCCCCGCUUUGCCACCUCAGGUGUGGCGCUGUGCCUCUCCGCCAUAGCCCCGCUGUGCCUGCGCGGGUACACCCGGCCGGGCAGCGGCCGUCGUGGAGGCACCGCGGCACGGGGCAGGUGGGGGCCGGGGACCCUCAGGCGGCUCCGCCGAGACCCAGGGGGGCCCUGCGACAACCCUCGCGUGUGGGGCGGCCAGGGAGGGCGGCUCGGAGCCCGCCCCGGGGCCCGCCUCAUCCUCCCCUGUGCCCUGCGCGCCGCCCGCCGCCAUCUUGUACAUAGCAACGGUUGCCGGGGCCGGCCGCCAUCUUGUAUAUAGCAACGGUUGCCACGGCCCGCCGCCAUGCCGGGGGUCGGGCGCUGCCUCCAGGCAAAAGGCUCGGUCUGCAGGAGCGGGGAGCCCCCGUUCAGCCCCAUCUCCUCCUUACCGCACUGCCCGAGAGCUGGGUGAGCGAGCCCGGGGUUAUGGGUGAUGAAUCAGUACCAUAUUUGCUGGACCAAGGAACCACAAAAACUUAUCAAAUACCUAUUGGUCAUCUGGACUACAAGUUCAUUGAAAAAUGCACAGAUGUUAAACACCUGGAAAAGAUUCUCAGGGUAUUAAGGUCUGGUGAAGAGGGAUGUUAUCCUGACCUGACACUGUUUUGUGAAAAGCGUAUUGAGCAUUUAGACCCGGGGAGCAGAGCUCUCAGGAAAGACAGGCCUGCAGCCACAGCUUCUGAUUUUACAGCUGAAGAAUGGGAAACAAUUAACGGUGAACUGAUGAGCUGGGUGACAGAAAUGCAUGAAGAUGAUCAUAAACCGCAGGUUUUGAGAACAGACAUGCUGCUUGAAGGACAAGAUAACUUGCCUCCUGUUCGUUGUUCCAGCAGCUGCCUUCCUGCUAAUCAGAAUGAAAAAUUACAAAAUAAACAAAGAAACAAGAAAAACAUACCACGGGAUUACAGCGAAUGGGACAAGUUUGAUGUGGAAAAGGAGUGUUCUAAAAUUGAUGAAGGAGCUGAAGAAAAUAACUCAAAAUCAAGAUUCUUUAACAGGCCACAUCUACCUCUAAUUGAAAAGAAAAUAGAUACAACUGGCAUGACAAAGAAAGAGAAGAUCUUUAUUGCUACUCGUGAAAAAGAAAAGGGCAACGAAGCUUUUGCCAGUGGAGAUUACGUGGAAGCAGUGACAUAUUACACUCGGAGUAUAUCAGUACUACCCACUGCAGCUGCAUACAAUAACAAAGCUCAAGCAGAAAUAAAACUUCAGGACUGGGACAGUGCUUUGCAGGAUUGUGAGAAGGUGUUGGAUAUGGAACCUGGCAACGUAAAAGCUCUGAUGCGCCGUGCCACUGUUAACAAUCAGCUGAAGAAUUACGAGACUGCUAUAGAGGAUCUGAACAAAGUGUUGUGCAUUGAACCAGAAAAUGCUUUAGCUAAGAAAAAUCUGCUAGAGACUGAAAAGAAACUGAUAGGUUUAAAACCUGUCUCUAAGACUGAAAGCAAAGGAAAAAGAAUACUUAUUGAAGAGAUAGAGGAUUCUGAAGGUAGUGAAGAAAGAGGAGAAAAUGCAGAGGAAUGUGGAAGAAGCAGUGGAGAUAAAGGGCGCCGGCAGGCAGCCGGCCCGGCCGCCAUGGGCAGCGCGCAGAGGAAGGCGCAGGGCGCCAAGGCCGAGGGCAAGGAACGGCGCAGGGACCCCGCCGACCCCAAGGGCACGGCCGAGGAAGGCGGGCAGAGGCCGGAGCAGCAGCAAGUUGAAGGCGAAGCCGAUGGCUACUCGGAUGGAGAAGGGGCGAGGGGGAGCCCCGCGGCGCAGCAGCCCCCCGGGGCGCACGGGGACGGGGCCACCUCGCUGCCGCCGGCUGCAGCGGAACUGAAAAGGGAAGGAAACGAGUUGUUCAAGGGGGGACAGUUCGCAGAAGCUGUGCUCAGGUACUCCGAAGCCAUUGAACACGUCGUCGGUCUAGGGGAACAAAUUCCAGAUGAUUUAAGUAUCUUGUACUCGAACAGAGCAGCGUGUUACCUCAAAGAAGGCAACUGCAGUGACUGCAUUCAGGAUUGUAACAGAGCUCUGGAGCUUCAGGCGUUUUCCCUUAAGCCUCUCCUACGACGAGCAAUGGCGUAUGAGUCCAUGGAGCGGUAUCGACAGGCAUACGUUGAUUAUAAAACAGUUCUGCAAAUAGACAGCAGCAUACAAGCAGCAAAUGAUAGUGUUAAUAGAAUAACAAAGACUUUAAUUGACCAGGAUGGCUCUAGUUGGAGGGAGAAACUGCCACCAAUUCCAGUUGUCCCUGUCGCUGCUCAUCUACACAGGUGGGAUGGAGGAUGUUUUACUUCAGAGGUUAAGCCAAGCAGUACUACAGAUACCAACAGAGAAGAACAGUUGCAGAUGAAUCGUGAGAAAGCAGAGGAAGAGUUCAAGACAUUAAAAAAAGAAGGGAAUGAAUUUGUAAUGAACGGUAAAUACGAAGAAGCUGUAAAGAAAUAUAGCGAAUGUGUGAAGUUAAAUGACAAAGAAUGUACAAUCUACACUAACAGAGCUCUCUGUUACUUGAAACUGUAUAAAUAUGAAGAGGCUAAGCAAGAUUGUGAUCAUGUUCUUCAAAUAGAAGAUUCUAAUAUUAAAGCUUUUUAUAGAAGAGCACUAGCGUACAAAGGAUUACAGAACUACCAAGCCAGUGUUGACGAUCUCAACAAAGUCCUUCUAAUAGAUCCAAAUGUGCUUGAAGCAAAAAAUGAACUAGAGCAGGUAACCCAACUGCUUCACCUUGGCAGCAGCACUGUAACUGGCAGCCUACAAAAGCAAAGGAAGAAAAUAAGCGUACAAGAGGUGACCGAAUCUGAUGAACAGGAGGAGAGGCAGUUUGCUGCAUCAGAAGAUGUUGUAACUGAUGAUGAUACUUCUAAAGAAGCGGUUCAAAAGAGCACGCUGUUGAAGACUUCUGAAAAACUGACAAUUUCCGAACCAUCUAAUGCUUACGACUUCGGUCAGGUUAUAAAUGUAGUGAAUGCCAAUAAGGAUAAAGUUGCUUGUGCAGAUCUUCUAACAGUUACUGAUCCCAAAAAAUUACCAGUGCUGUUAAGUAACAAACUUGAAGUAGAGACCUUUUUGAUUUUUAUCCAGUCAUUGGAACAUUAUGUACUUGGAAAAGAUCCCGGUCUUGUAUAUCAGCAUCUUUUCUACUUGAGCAAAGCAGAGAGAUUUAAGGUGGUGCUGUGCCUUCUUAGCAAAAACGAAAAAGAACAGGUUCAGCAACUGUUUGACUUGCUUGCAGAAAACCAGAAUCAAUACUCUUCAGAAGAUCUUGAGAGCCUUAAAAAGGUUUACGAACUUUAAGAAGAACUUAAGUUAAAAUUUAUUUGUUGCAUGGAUAUAGUUGAUGUUUAUGAAAUAGCUGUAUAAACACUGCAGUCUUGCACAGGUUGAAAUGGGUCUUUAUGUGGACUGUUUAGAUUCUAUUUUGUUCUGAUAGUACAUGCAUAUUUAAAACUUGCUGCUCUUUUGUAGUUGUAUACAUUUUUAAUCUCUACAGUUUAAUGCAUGUCUUUAUGUUCAGUAACAGAGUUCAAGUUUGGCAUAUUGAUUUUAUUUAAACUUAGAUAAAAUGUAUAUUUUACAUUUAUAUAUAAUGUAAAAUAUCAUGAUGGUACGAUAGAUAAUAUACUUUUAGUCAUAAUUUUGUGGGUUGUAUGUUCUUGUGAUAAAGAAGUGUCCUCAAGUUAAACGGGUCAGUUAGCAAUAGCUUUGCUAAAAAUGAGUUUACAAAAAGUAUAAACAUUUUUCAGAUAAACUACUACAGACCAUCUGUUUCUUCACCAUCUGAUCUACACAAAACAGUUUUAAAUAUUUUGGUGCAGUACUGCUUAGCAGCAAAGGUGAAUGAAUAAUACAUUAGCUUGUCAUGGAAAACUUUGAAUCAAAAUAGUUAAUUAUUAAAUGAAUGGAUAUGUUUUUUUUUAAAUGACGAACAAACGAAUAAUUUUUAGUGCACAGAGAAUUAUUUAUUUUCUCUGUGUGUAGAAGGAUUGCUGGUUUGCACAGCUUUUAGAGUAAUAGUGGUGAAAAAGAGAACAAGUGGCUGCACUUAACAUUAAAAAAUAUUUAACUCCGAGAUAUGUAAUCAGAUUUAAAACUCCGGGUAUUUGUGUUUGCAGACAUAUCCAUAAAGCUAAAACUGCUUUGUGGACCAAUGUGAUUUUUGUUUUAUUUCAGGCAGUACUUAUGUUUUAUGCAUAAUUUAGACAAAGCUGCAUUUUUUUCAAGACUAAGCUUAAAAGUUUUUCAAAUACUCCAAUGCCUUCUUUGCACAUGAGAUAUAAAUCUGUUGAACUCACAAGCACUGCAGCAGUAUCAUUAGGGUUGUUCUAAUAAUAUAUAUCUCAGGUGUAUAUUAAUUAAAGUUUUUUUCUUGAAAAGUUCA